AUGGCAUGGUGGCGCGAGAGGGUUGUCGCGCCGGUGCGGCGGGCCUGGCUCGCCGUGGCGCGGCGGGCGCAGAACCGCACCAAAUGUAGUCUUACAAAACUAGGAGCGACGCAUUUUCUACCACAUGAAAGCUUGUAUUUUCUACUAGGAAACAACACUAACCAUUUUUGUUGGCAAACCGGGCGCAGGGAGCACAGGGGUGGUGGACCUGCACAGGGACGUGCAAACCUGCGGAUACGACGAUGUUCAGGUGAUGUGGAACAUGCUGAGCUCGGAGAAACAUGCCCUCGGCCACAGGCCGGCGGCGCCUGA